AUGACUAAUAUUCUUGCUCGUUUAGUAGAGCAACAGGGUCAAGCCCCUUUGAACCAACCAAGGGAUCCCGAUUUGGGACAGGAUAGAGCCCUCGAGAGAUUUCAAAAGUUCUCUCCUCCUAAGUUCCUGGGAGGACCGGACCCUGAGGGAGCCGAGAGAUGCUUAGAGACCAUGAUCAAUAUCUUUGCCGCUCUGAACUAUGCAGAGGAUAGGCAAGUGCAAUUUGCUGCUUUUCAAUUUGAAGGUCCAGCCAGAUCUUGGUGGAAUGAGGCCUUGGCGGCAGCUCAGAUCAAUACUUUUACUGAGGUUUUGGAGAUGGCCCAGAGAAUCGAGAUUGCCAGGGCGCAAGUGGGAAGUUUUCAUGCAAAACGAAAAGGGGCGCCUAGUGGAUGUCAAAGGCCGGUACAGAGUGAUCGAAGCAUACCACCCCCUAAAGCAGGUCGUGGUGUUGGGGAUAGAAGGUUUACGGGUACUUCGAGGGGAGGUACGCCGAGGAGAGGCCAAGGUGGAAGGGGACAAGGGAGAGGUGGUCCACAGGGGGGCCAGACCUCCACUCCUCGAGUAAUGUGUGGAUAUUGUGAAAAAUCAAACCAUACUGAGGAGAAUUGCUGGAGAAAGGCUCGGAAGUGCCUAAGGUGUGGAAGCACGGAGCACUAG